AUGGCAACUACAAAUGGCAGCGCUGCGGACGGUCCGGCCGCCAAAAAGCCCAAGGCGGAGACCAAGCUGUGGGGCGGUCGCUUCACCGGGGCCGUCGAUCCGCUCAUGGAAGAAUUCAAUGCCAGCAUCAAUGUGGAUCGCCGCAUGUACCGCCAGGACAUUGUCGGCUCGCAAGCUUACGCCCGCGCCAUUGCCAAGGUGGGCCUCAUUACCGAGGACGAACGCGACGCCUUGAUCACGGGCUUGGAUCAGGUCCUGGCCGAGUGGGCCAACAAUCAGUUUGUCCUCCAGCCCAACGAUGAAGAUAUCCACACCGCCAACGAGCGUCGUCUUAAAGAACUUGCUGGUCCCGUCGCUGGCAAGCUCCACACUGGCCGCAGCCGCAACGAUCAGGUGGCCACGGAUAUGCGCCUGUGGUUGCGUGAUGAGCUCACCGAACUCAUCGACUUGCUCAAGGCCUUUGUGGCGAGCAGCAUCGAGCGAGCCGCCGCUGACAUUGAUGUCCUCAUGCCCGGUUACACGCAUCUCCAGGCAAGUGCCUUCACCCUACUUUACCACUCCACCCCCACCCCGUGUGCCCGCCUGCUCCCUAUUUUUUUGCGUGCCCAGCCGAUCCGCUGGUCCCACUGGGUGCUCUCGCAUGCCUGGGCCAUGCAGCGGGACAUUGAGCGGCUCACCGACUUGCGCAAGCGCGUCAACGUCAUGCCUUUGGGCAGCGGAGCGCUGGCCGGCCACCCCUUUGGCAUUGACCGCCAGGCCCUGGCCCAGGAUUUGGGCUUUGAUGCCAUCUCCUUCAACAGCCUCGACGCCACAAGCGGUCGUGACUUUGUGGCCGAGUUUUUGUUUGCCGCCACCAUGGUUAACAUCCACCUCAGCAAGUGGGCUGAAGAUCUCUGCAACUACUCGUCAAAGGAGUUUGGCUUUGUCCAACUCAGCGAUGCCUACAGCACUGGCUCCUCCUUGAUGCCUCAGAAAAAGAACCCAGACUCCCUCGAGCUUAUUCGUGGCAAAGCCGGCACCACCUUUGGCAGCUGCGCCGGGUUUCUCAUGACCCUCAAGGGCCUGCCCAGCACCUACAACAAGGAUCUUCAAGAAGACAAAAGCGCCAUGUUCCAAAGCCCGGCCGUGGUCUCAUUGACGCGUUCUUGUGUGCAGAUUGCCACCGGGGUGUUGAGUACCUUGCGGAUCAAUCCUGAGCAAAUGCGUGCCGCCCUCAGCGUUGACAUGCUGGCCACUGAUCUGGCCUACUACCUUGUCCGUCGCCAAGUGCCGUUCCGCGAGGCCCACGGUCUCUCGGGCCAAUGCGUGGCACGCGCCGAAGAAAAGAAAUGCUCACUGAACGAGCUGACACUGGAAGAUUUCCAGGCCAUCCAUCCAAAGUUUGAGGCAGACGUGUCCGACGUCUGGAAAUUCGAGAACAGCGUGGAUCAAUACUCUGCUUCGGGUGGCACGGGCCGUACUGCCGUCCUCGAACAGAUUGAAUCCCUCAAGGCCAAGUUGUAA